CCUUCUACUGUAACACUGGCUAGAUGCUGACGGGCCACUUUGCACUUUGCAUUCGCCACUUGCUUCCUUCUCCCUGUCAGACGUGCAUGUAGAGCCCAAGAUGAAGAUUGAGUUUGCUCCGCGGUCCGUGCCACUGCAGAGGAGGCUUCAGACAGCAGCAGUGGUUCAAUGGAUCUUCAGCUUCCUGGGUCUAGCACAGUGCUGUACAGCUGCCUUCAUCACACUCUUCUUCACUCGUUUUUGGCUGGUCAGUGCCCUCUAUGCUGCAUGGUGGUUCAUAGACAGGGAGAAACCCAGCAAGGGUGGGCGGCGGAUCCACGUCCUCCGGAACUGCAUCGUUUGGAGGUACAUGAGGGAUUAUUUCCCCAUCACGUUGGUGAAGACAGCAGAGCUGGACCCUCGGCAGAACUACCUGGUGGGAUUUCAUCCCCAUGGAGUCCUGGCAGCUGGAGCCUUUCUCAAUUUCUGCACAGAGGCAUCUGGCUUUUCCACACUCUUCCCAGGCAUCACCCCCCACCUGAUGAUGCUUUCCCUGUGGUUUCGCAUCCCGUUCUUCAGGGACUAUGUGAUGAGUGGAGGCCUCGUCUCUUCUGACAAGGAGAGUGCAUCCUACGUGCUGCAGAAGCCAGAGGGUGGGAACUUGCUGGCCAUCAUUGUUGGUGGGGCACAGGAGGCCCUGGAUGCCCGCCCGGGCUCCUUCACCUUGCUGCUGAAGAACAGGAAGGGAUUUGUGCGCCUGGCCAUCCAGAACGGCACUCCCCUGGUCCCUGCCUUUUCCUUUGGGGAGAACGAUGUCUUUGAUCAGGUGAAGAAUCCCAAGGGCUCCUGGCUGCGGAGGAUUCAGCAUUGCCUCCAGCAGAUCAUGGGCAUUUCCCUUCCCCUCUUCCAUGCACGAGGCAUCUUCCAGUACAGCUUUGGGCUGAUACCCUACCGACGGCCCAUCUGCACCGUGGUUGGGAAGCCAAUUCCAGUGCAGAAGAAGUACAAACCCUCUGAGGAAGAAGUUGAUCAAGUCCACCAAAAAUACCUAAAUGAGUUGUCCAAGCUCUUUGAGACGCACAAAGCUAAAUAUAAUGUCCCAGAAGACAGCCACCUGGAAUUUAUAUAGAGUCCCUCGAGCAAGAUGAAACCUGGAGAUCAAGCUCCAAGUUUUCCCCUUCUCUGGAACUACUUUACAACUUCAACAUAGUCACAGUUAACAUAUAUUCUAUAUAGCGUAGGGAAAAGAGGCAUAGAGCCAGGUUUUUAAUUUUUUUCUCCGUUUAGGACACAUAGAAGAUAUAAAAGAGACAAAAAAAAAAAAAUCCCAUCUGUGGUCAGCAAAAUUGAAACUCCCCAGCACAAAACUAACACUCCCAGUCUGGCAUGGAUGUCAGUUUUUACAGAUAUUUCCAGACAGAUCUGAAUUAUUGAAAUUAUUUCCUUUGCAUUAUUUUCAUUUUGAAAUGGGACAAUGAGCCAUAAUUUGAUGACGAAGGCAUAUGUUUUUUAAAAUAUAAUUCAUCUAGAUCAACAAAUGAACAUUGUUUGGUGCUCCUCAUGUUUUUAAUUGCUCUGGGCUCUUUUCCCUUUUCUCUGAAGCACAGUUUAUCAGAAAUAUCAUACACCCAGCAUGAUGCCAAGCACUCCCAGUGGCACGAUGCCAUAGCCCACUGGUGCAAAAGAAAUUGAAUACAUUCCAUUAGAAAUAUGUAUUGGAACUAUAAAAUAUUUCUAAUUAUUAUAAAGAAACCAGGACCCACUCUAGCAGUCACGCUCACACCACCUGAGCUGGGACCAAAGCCCCCUUGGCAGCGCCACACUCCACACUUGCACAGUUGGACUGGGCAUCCUUACUGGCUCAAUCCUUGGUUUCUCAUACCACAGUCUCAGACAUCUGGAUCCUUCAAAUAAUUUAAUAAUGCAAGAACAACAUAACAGCUUGGGGUGGGAGCCUCCACAAGUGACAAGGAAUCUCCAAAAAAAGUAACCCCCAGCUCAUGUGGCCUUUUUAUGAGUGUGUUGGAAGCCUGGGCUCUUCUCCCUGAGCCCUCGGCUCCUGCUUUGUCUUGGCAUGGCAAUUCACCUGGCUGUGCCACAGGCCCCUGUGCCCUUUUGUUUUGCCAAGGGGUGGCACUUGCCUCUUGCCUCCAGUUCUUCCCACCAGAGCUUCAUCUACACCUGGCACUGCAGCUUCCCCUCAGCUGCCUGCUGCCUGCUCCGAAUAUGUUCUUUAAUAAUUAGUUUAGAAAUAAAGAUUAGAAAUAAAUUUAUAAUGUCUGGGGACUCAUCCAAAGGAUUCACCAUACCUGGGCUCUAGGAGCCCUGCUUCCAGUUUGGUUAACUUAAUCCCAGACACCCCUGCACAGGAACAUGACCAGUCACCAGCUGUGGUGACAGGGUCACUGUGAAUUUUGUUUUACAAAUGAGACCAUUUUCUUAGGAAAAAGGAGCAUGACCAGCACAUGGGGGAAAGGAAAAGUGAUUUGGGUCAGAAAUAUUCAUUGGGGUUUGGAGCAGCCACUUUUGGCAGGUGAUCAAGGCUUUAAAUUGAUGCUUCUUUUUGAUAUCCAGAACUUCAUUAAACUUUGCAUUUAAUGGGAUUUUGCAGCAUGCAAGUUUCAGGUGGCAGGAAGCCAUCUGCUUAGUUCCCCCUUACAGAGCCCUGAUAUUUUCAUCUUCUUCUUUCUCCCUCCCUUCAUUUCUUUCUUUUUCUCACAUCCUACUCCCCACUUGUGAGGAGCCACCAAAAGUCCUGCAGAUCACACACAGUUCAUUUUUGUUCCUGAAAUUGCAAGAAGUGCAUUUAACAAGAAAAACUUGUUGAAAAAUUGAAAACUCUAUCUCAACUGACAAUACCAGGCCAUCAUGGGGGUUUGUUUCCUUUUCCUGCCUCUUGUCCUGACCAGGGCUGCAAGGAUUCCACCAGAUUCUUAAUCUGAAUAACCCCCUGCAAAUCCCUCCCAUCCCUUGAAAACAAGCAGCAGCAAGGAAGAAUUUAAUGGAGCCCUGCUCAACAUUCUAUACACUCCUCUAAUCCCACGCUUAAUUCAGUCCAAUAAAACAGGUCACAUGCUAAUGAGUUCUUGCUUGCUUUCUAGGUUUUUUUGUUCUUAGUUAGGGCAGAGGUGCCCAAGCAGGAGGAAGAGCUUCUGUACCAGGAAAAAAAAAAAAAAAGAAUCUACCACCCUUUUAUCUACCACCCUUUUCUUUUGGAGUUUAUCACCAUCCAAGCUUUACUCUAGCUCCAGGUUUCUUUCUCUAUCCUUUCUUCUGCCUUUCCUUUUACAUGGCCAUCCACCCACAGAUCUUAGGAAUGUUGCCAUGACCUUCUGGAAACAUCCCAGUGGGGACCAGUGCCAGAGGGAAGUGAUGGGGAUGUCCCCAAGCGUCCCAGCACAGUCUGCUUUGGGGAUGGGGGAGGUCUCCAAAGGUGAGGACAAGGAGCUGAGACCUUGAUGCAAGGGGAAAAGAUGCUGCUGUUGGGGUGGAAAUCAGCAGUGAGGAGAGGGAGAGGAUUUGCGGAGAUGUGGUGAUAUUUGGGGGAUGUAGGAAAUGGAGGGGGGCAGGAUACAAGGUCACAGGCAGAUCUUGGUACUUUUGGGGCUUUUGGGGCUGUCACAGUGAUGCCCCUGGUGCCAGAGACACACAUACUUGAGAGAUGGGCUGGCCCAUCACCUUCCUGUCUUGUGAUACCUUUCUGAAAGAUAGAAAAGGCAGAAAAUGGUCAGGAAAAAAAUCUCACGAGGCAAGGGAAGGAGGAUGCUGGAGCUGUCUGAAAGUUGUUGGAGUGGUCAGAGAGAUCCAAAGCUGGAGAGGAGGAGUCAGAGGAGAGUCUUGGCUGUAUGUAAUUGGCUUCCUUCAAGGUCAGUUUUAUCUCACAGACUGCAAAAUACCCUUGAUCCCUCAGGGACCUAUAUAACCCAGGAGGGAGAGGUCAGUGCCUGGGCUUGUGUUAAAUAUAACAAUAAGAAUAAUAAUUCUCAUAGGCAUCCUUGCAGCCAGGGAUCUAUUCUAGGCAGGGAGCUCAGCACAAGGAAAGGUCCCAUCUCAAGAGGCCAGAGGUGUCUGUGAGUGAAACUCUGUAAGUCAAGAAGCUUUUGUGCUAUUUCAGCCUCACUCAGAGCUCUCUGGAGAAUUAAAACUCCUCUGAUGCUACACAAGGCAGGAGAAGCCUAAAGGAAAGAAAAGUGCUCAGACCAACCAAACCAAACAAUCCUUCUGUUUGACUCUUCAGCUUGAAACUGGCUUAAUUGGAGGCCCCUCCAAGGCACCCUCAAACUGAGGUACCUCCAAGCUGUCACCUCAAAAUAAGGAGGUGACUCACUUAAAGCUACAACGACACUGUACGUUUCCUUCCAGCAUGCCCACUCCCUACGUACUCAGCCGGUUUUGAUCUGAGAAACAAGCCCAAGAAGAAGAGAUAUAACCAAUUCCCUUUCCUGCAGAAAUUUAAAAUUUCACCCUUUUUGGAACUUCUGUGAAGAUUCUAAAUUGCAAAAUACAGUAAGAAAUAAAAGUGUGGUGAUUCAGUAUUCCCCUCUUGCCUGUCUCGUCCUCCCACCUCUUCCCUCCUGAUCUCUCCUGUAUUUCUGUUGUGAGAGGCUCUAAGCUGGAUUUGCCUUACUUAGCAGGUUCAGAUCAUGAGGCUCAGAAGAAAACCUCUGAUGACUGGUGAAUACAAAAUAUGGACUAAUUCUCCAAGAGGAGGAAAGCCAAGCGAAAUAUGCUUUUCUGCCCUUCAGCAGCUCUAGUGCUGCAAAGCUGUUUUACUGCCUUGAGAAUGUGAUUAGGAUAUUGCCUGCUGUUGCAAACAAAAUUAAAAUGUUUUCUGCUGUUGCAGAAAAAUAUGUGGUUUCCUGCUCAGGGAAAGAUUUGCUGCCUUUAGUUCAAUAAUGUGGUGUGCUAAACAUCCCUCCCUUAUGGCAUACCUUUCAAGAAAGGAAAUGAAAUUGUAAGUGCAUCUGAAACCCAUCACUUUGCAUUAGAAUAAACAAAGAAAGAAAUACAAAACCAAAUCCAAAACAAAAAAUGACUUUUUUUGUUUCCUUUUCAAUUUAAACAUUUGAAGUAAUAACAUUUAAAACAUUUAGAAAGCACAGGUCUCCUCAAUAAUAUUGACUCUUAUUUUGGGGGAUAAUCUGUUAGUUCUGUCUGACUUGUACCCAAUAAACUCUUUUCUGCAUCUCC